AUGGCUUGCUCGGUCAUCCCGAUGAUGCCUCACGAGAUGUUCUGCCCGGCAGCCAGUGCCGCUCCGCCGCACCAGAGGAUGAGGGCCUCCGUGCCUGCUGUGGCGGCUCCAGCGCCAGAGGAGCUGCGGCUGUCGGACCUCUUUUGGAUCGCCGACCUCGGCGAGGGCGGCUUCGCCAGAGUCUGCAAGGCACGCCACUGCCGCACGGGCGCGGUCUUCGCGCUCAAGCUGUCCUUCGACCCGGACCCGCUCGUCGCGGAGAAGGAGGCCAAGGUGCUCGCCCGCGCCGCGGGGGCGCCGCACGUCGUCGACUUCCACGCCCUGCUCCGGGGCCCCGGCGGCAAGGCCGUGUUCGUGCUCGAGUACGUGGACGCCGGAUCCCUCGACCGUCUCCUUCUCCUGCGGCGGCGCAGGGGGCUGGUGGGAGGGAUCCCGGAGGCGGCGCUCGCCGAGGUGGCCGCGCAGUGCGUCGUGGCGCUGGCCCAGCUCCACUCCCGCGGCGUCGCGCACCUCGACGUGAAGCCGGACAACCUCCUCGCCAGCGCCCGCGGGGAGAUCAAGAUCAGCGACUUCAACCUCUCCAGGAUCCUCUACGGCGGCUCCGGCGAGCGGCUCCUGGUCCCCAUCACCGGCGGCACGAGGGCCUACUUCAGCCCCGAGCGGUUCGCGCCCAACGCCCACGCCGGGCCGCACGGCGCCAUGGCGGCUGAUGUCUGGGGCCUCGGCGUCACCGUCCUGGAGCUCUUCUUGGGGCGAAGAGCCAUCCUGCCCGGAGUAGAGAAGGCGUACGUUGAGGAGAUAGAGCAGGCGGUCUGCGACGGCGAGCCUCCGUCCGUGCCGCCGGAGGAUGCAGAGGCGUCGGCGGAGCUGCGCGGGUUCGUGGCGGCGUGCCUGCAGAAGGAGCCGACGCGGCGCGCCACGGUGCCACAGCUGCUCUCACACCCGUUCCUUACGCGGCGCGACGUGGAGGCGUCAAGGAGCGCGCUGCGGGAGAUCAUCAACGAGACACUACUGUAG